AAACCUUCACGCGUUCCAUCCUAACAACGCCGAUCGAACACGACGUGUUUAAUACCAUAGCUACUAUCAGAGCGGCAGACACAUACUUGAAGUCCCCCGUUCGCUUUAGUUUGGUUCUGAGUUACGUCAGGAUGUCGAGACGACGCACUAGCAGGCGACGACGCCGACCGUCCCAAGCGGUCGCCUUUCCUUCCUUUGACGGCGACGACGACUCGCGAGAGGGACGCUGGUGGUUAUCUAAAGCUGCUGUGUUUACGAUGCUGCUGCUUGUGGCUCUAACGAGUGCUGCCAUGACUCUGACCGUGCAGCCCCCCUCCCACACCGGUGCUGACUCGGAGGCUGCUGCAGACGUGAUGCACUCCGCACGUGCCGGAGAAAACACUCUGCUCCGCCUGGAGCCCACACCUGCUGAGGACGGCACUCAUGAUGAUCACCGCGUUCCUUACGGCUGGAAGGAAACGUCGAGUGGUUCUCUUCCUAUGAUUUGGCUGAAAAACCACUUGAAGGGCCCAACGCCACCCCGUGUCGCGAAAAUAGUCAACAACACGGAAACGUCAAUUUCUGGAAGUUGGGAAAGGCACAUAGACGAGCUGCCUCCAGUGAAUAUGGUCCGUCCCUACGCCCAGAAACACCAUACGCGUGAGGUCCACUUCUCUGACCGUGAGCCGGGUGCUAUCAUCAAUGGUUCAGACCUGACCACUGGAUCCAACCACUGCUUCUCUGAGAGCACCAAGUUGCACCAAGGUCUAGUUGGAAUUCCCCAAGACCAGGAUACGGGCAAGUACAUCACCAAAGGACGGAAGGAAAACAGGAUCGACGAGUCAGUUAUCGAAGAUGAAGGUCGCCGCCACAGUCAUCUACCCAAUUCGGUUUCGCCGAAUGUCGAAUAAGGCGUUGUGGCUGGCUUCAAGAACUCCGACAGUACACCCGCGAAAGAUGCCAUCUCUACAUCAAAGCCGGUCCAGUUGACAUCUGAUCUGAACCACCAGUCUCCC